UCAACCUGUGUGCGGAAAAGGAGAGGGUGUGUCCUUGACGUCGUUUCUCAGGAAAGACGCACAUUUCGGACCGGGUUUACUUGCUUGCUAUUCUGCACGGCGUUGUGAUGACGUUGCCAAAUAGGGACACGAAGCUGAAGGUGACAAAUCAAUACGGUGAAUGGCAGUUUCGUCCGAUUUUAUCUAUCCAAGUUUUGAGCAUGAUGAGAGUGCAGAAACUGAGACACACGCAAAAAGCGCUGCCUUAGGCUUGGGUUACUGGCUGAGUUAACUCGUGCAAGGAGGAACUAGAGGGACGACAAGCUCCCGAUCCCGUUCUUCUAGAUCACCAACAACGAUUGGUGGAGUAGGGUAGUCCUACUUUCAGUAAGCGUAAUGGGAGCUCCAGGCUGAUUUUGGAGUGGCUGCGCUCAGCUGAAUCCUGAAGGGCUUUUCUGGAAAAAUUUUAACGGAACUGGGUGUGUGCAACACCGGGUUAGCUGUUACUCUGGACUGCACUCGACAUACUGUCUUUAUCAAGUCAUGUCUUGUAAAGAGCGAUGGGCAAGUUCGACGACAACGAGAGGAUAAUCCUCAACGUUGGGGGAACCAGGCACGAGACAUACAAAAACACACUGAGGACCUUGCCGGGGACUCGCUUGGCUCUCCUCGCCUCGGAUUCUGACAUUGAGUCUGUUUUGGAUCAGCUGCAACAAGUCCCCGGCUUCAUAGAGUACAACGCGCGAAACAACGAAUACUUCUUUGAUCGCCAUCCGGGGGUUUUUGCCUAUGUCCUUAAUUAUUAUCGAACCGGGAAACUACAUUGCCCGGCAGAUGUAUGCGGUCCGCUUUUUGAAGAGGAGUUGUCCUUUUGGGGCAUCGAUGAGACGGACGUGGAGCCUUGCUGUUGGAUGACAUAUCGUCAACACCGAGACGCGGAGGAGGCGCUCGAUGUGUUCGACAUAAACGUUGACAAUGGAGACGAGGACGAGGAGACGGGGAAGAGAUUUGGCAUUGAGGACGUGGUUGAUCCUAAUAUCAGCCGCUGGAAAAAGUGGCGACCUGUGAUUUGGAAUCUAUUCGAAGAUCCCUAUUCUUCCAGAGCGGCAAGGUUUGUGGCCUUUGCAUCCUUGUUCUUCAUCCUGGUCUCCAUCACCACCUUCUGCCUGGAGACCCACGAGGCGUUCAACACCAUCACCGUCGUCAACAAAUCCGAGUCGGUGCUCAACGGCAGCCUGCCGGACCUGGGCCUCGACUACAUCAUUGAGACGGACCCGGCGCUCACUUAUGUGGAGGGUGUCUGCGUGCUCUGGUUCACCCUGGAGUUCAUGGUGCGUGUCGUCUUCAGCCCGGACAAGCUGGAGUUCGUCAAAAACCUGCUCAACAUCAUCGAUUUUGUGGCCAUCCUGCCCUUCUACCUGGAGGUGGGCCUGAGCGGGCUGUCGUCUAAAGCGGCCAAGGACGUGUUGGGCUUCCUCCGGGUGGUGAGGUUUGUCAGGAUCCUGCGUAUCUUCAAGCUGACACGCCACUUCGUGGGGCUUCGUGUGCUGGGGCACACCUUGAAGGCCAGCACCAACGAGUUCCUGCUCCUCAUCAUCUUCCUCGCCCUUGGGGUCCUCAUCUUCGCGACCGCGAUCUACUAUGCCGAGCGCAUCGGCGCCAACCCCAACGACCCCACGGCUGGCGAACACACCCUGUUCAAGAACAUCCCCAUUGGAUUCUGGUGGGCCGUGGUCACCAUGACCACGCUGGGCUACGGCGACAUGUACCCAAAGACGUGGUCGGGCAUGCUGGUGGGGGCGUUGUGCGCCCUGGCCGGUGUGCUGACGAUAGCCAUGCCCGUGCCCGUCAUCGUCAAUAACUUUGGGAUGUACUACUCUCUGGCCAUGGCCAAACAGAAGCUGCCCAAGAAGAGGAAGAAGCACAUCCCCCAGGCCGCGCAGGGAGGAUCGCCCACCUGUGUCAAGGCCGACCACAACACCGCCUGCGACAGCCCUCAGGGCGACCUCUGCCACAUGAAGGGGAACAGGGCGCUGGAAAGCAACCGUUUGGUGCUGUCUGCCGACUGCAGUGGAGACAGUGACCUCACCAUGUCCCCUAGCACAGAGGAACGGGUCCCCAUACGCAGGUCCAGCACUCGGGAGCAGGAACGGAGGAGCGGGGGGACGUGCUUCCUGCUGCCCGCCGAUGACUACACCUGCCCUGCAGAUAGUAGCAUGAGGAGAGCAGGCUUUGAGAAAUCCCGAAGCUUAAGCAACAUAGCGGGCUUGGCUGGUAACGCCCUGAGGCUGUCUCCGGUGACCUCACCCUACGAUAACUGCAAAGAGGUUGUCUUUACUGGUUUCACGCAAGCAGAGAGCAGCAUUCUUUAAUGGCUGGGGGGAGGCACUGCCCCAGUGGAAAGCUCUUUCUUUUCCUAUUUCACUGACGGCGGGAUAUAAAGUCAUCAGCCAAUUAGUGGAUUAUCAAGAGUUAUUGGUGUGUGGAUCCUAUUGGGUUCAGCAGUGUCACUCAAGGAUUUGAACCUACCGAAACCCGGAAAGCCGUGACAGAUUGUUGACUGUCAAGUGCCAGGCACCCAAUGACUCUGUCUACUCAACAAGAACUGUCUUGGAUAUAUUGGACAUCUGGACAUGGGAUUUGGAAUAUUCUGAAAAUAUCGGAAUGUUGUAUUUUUCCUGGAUUCUCACUGUCCUGGAUACUGACCAAAGCGGUCUGCUGCCACACACGCGCACACACACACACACACACAUGCAAACACACAAAAAAAACAUUUAAAAAAAAAGGAAUUGUCUUGGAUAACAAGACCCAGCUACUUCAUAUGUAUAGGUAUUGUAUUUGUUAAUACAAAAAAUAUGAAACAGCACAUGGGCCAUGACGCUGUUCUCUCUCUCUGUCGUCUGUCCUUUAGAAGGCGAGUCAGGUGAACGAGUUGUGCUUUAAGCUCUGUAUUAAUCACUGGCCAUGGGAUCCCAACUCGCAAUAAGUGUUUUUAGGAUGUAUACGUUGAAGCCCUUUGUGUUCAUAAAAUGGAGUGUAUUAAUAUAUUAAUUCUGCAUAUACUGUAUACAGUAUAGAGAGACUUAAAUGCGAUUAAUUAAAUAAAUGUGACAAAAUGGUUUCAUCAACAUCAAAGCUUUAGUUUCCCUUACAAAUUUUGGUGUAUUCGAUUUCAUUGCUCUGGUGUGCGUUUAAAUGUGUGUGUUUUAAAUGCCAGGGUAAAAUCUAUACAACACUGUUAUUAAGCAGAAAAAAUUUAACCAGUAUGAAACUCCUUAAACUCUUACUGCCAGUUAACACAUAUAAUGAAGAAGUUGUUCCUAGUUGAGAUGUUAUCCUUGACAAAUAUAGCCCAAAAGUCAGAUAUAAUUUGCAAUACUCAUCCCAAACAAAAAGCACCGUUUCGCACUGUGAAUUUAGCUACUUGCAAAAAGAAAUUAAAGUACAGUCUAUGUAAUAGGACAAUACUAAAGCACCCCUGCAUUGAUUUGGUAGUGAGGGUUAAUUUUUGGCGAUCAGUUAUUGGGGGAUUACAAUACUCAUGUUGGGUGUAACCUGAACAGUGAAGCCACAAUCUCCUCCAUAAUUCUUUCUGUGUAGUAAAUUGCUGCUUAACUCUUUAAACAGGGGCGCCAUUCAGUAUCUAUUCUUCUAUGACAAAAGUGUAAUCUUAAAGGUGUUUAUUUUUGGAAUCCAGAACAUGUAUUUUUGUGUCUCUUGUAGAGUACAUUGCUUGGUUUACUUGUAUAAGUUGUGGUAGUCCAAUGCUGUGCUUCUUUCAAUUAUGUCCACAACUGUCAAUUGGGGAUUUGAUCCAGGUUCCUGUUUUGUAUGUUUUAGUGUGAGAACAAUUCUAGUUCUCUAGUUGUCUGUAUUUGUGGAGCCAUUUGUUGGCCUUCUGAAGUGCAUGCUAAAAAUACAUUGUCAAAUUGUUAAAAAAGAAAAACAAAGACAUAUCACAUUCAAAACAAAUCUGUAUAGUGUAAAAGUAA